CCGGCAGUGGGGAGUGCGGGCGGCAGAAACGCCGCUGGGACUUUCGGCGGCAGUGCGGACCCCGCUCCGGGGCUCGGCUUCGGAGGGUGCCCACCACCCCACCCAUCUCCGACCUAGCAGCCUCCCCCGCCCCACACAUCUGCUUCUGUGGAGCCUCGGGCCCAGGAGAGUGGACGCGGCGUUCCGCGCUCCCCUCGGAGAGCUUGGGCUCCGUUGGGCGGUUGCCCCGACAACAGACACUUCCGGGCGGGGUGCGGCCGUCUCGGACUGUGGGGCAUCGUUGCCGAGCAGCACCUGCUUCCGGGAGCGCCUGCCGGGCCUCCGCGCACUGCGGCCUCUCCACCCUCGGCUUCCGACCCGAGCUGGCGGCGCCAGUGUUUCUGUGUCGCUCCUGGCAACAGGCACUUCCGGGAGUGAGGGCCUUUCCCCCUCCCCCUGGACCGGGGCCGCUAGACCCCGAGUUCCGCACUCGGCGCGGCGGUUGGUCGGCGGUCGCUACUCGCGCUCGGGUCCCGGCGGGCCGCGCAGCCAGGCCUCCUCCUCGCCGCCUUGGCGGCGUCUGCGGGGCCACCAUGGUCCUGCUGCACGUGAAGCGGGGCGACGAGAGCCAGUUCCUGCUGCAGGCGCCGGGGAGCACGGAGCUGGAGGAGCUCACGGUGCAGGUGGCCCGGGUCUACAACGCGCGGCUGAAGGUGCAGCGCGUCUGCUCAGAAAUGGAAGAAUUGGCAGAACAUGGCGUGUUUCUCCCUCCUAAUAUGCAAGGCCUGACCGACGACCAGAUUGAAGAAUUGAAGUUAAGGGACGAAUGGGGUGAAAAGUGUGUACCCAGCGGGGGCCCAGUAUUUAAAAAGGAUGACAUCGGUCGAAGGAAUGGGCAAGCUCCAAAUGAAAAAAUGAAGCAAGUGUUAAAGAACACUAUAGAAGAGGCCAAAGCAAUCAUCUCGAAGAAACAAGUGGAAGCUGGAGUCUGUGUUACCCUGGAGAUGGUGAAAGACGCCUUGGACCAGCUUCGAGGUGCAACGAUGAUCGUCUAUCCCAUGGGGCUGCCGCCAUACGAUCCCAUCCGGAUGGAAUUUGAAAAUAAAGAAGACUUGUCUGGGACUCAGGCAGGACUGAAUGUUAUUGAGGAAUCAGAGGCCCAGCUGUGGUGGGCGGCCAAGGAGCUCAGAAGAACAAAGAAGCUUUCCGACUACGUGGGCAAGAAUGAGAAAACCAAAAUUAUCGUCAAGAUUCAGCAAAGGGGACAGGGAGCCCCAGCCCGAGAACCGAUUAUCAGCAGCGAGGAGCAGAAGCAGCUGAUGCUGUAUUACCACCGAAGACAGGAGGAGCUCAAGAAAUUGGAAGAAAAUGAUGAUGACUCCUGUUUAAAUUCUCCAUGGGCAGAUAACACUGCUUUGAAAAGACAUUUCCAUGGGGUAAAAGACAUCAAGUGGAGGCCAAGAUGAAGUUCACCAGCUGGUGAUGCUGUUGGAAAUACUGGCUCACCUUUCAUGCAAGCAAAAUAAAAACACAUUGAAAUAAUAACAAUGAUAAUAAUAACAGGGUGUCCCCAACCCUCUGGAAGAUGUUGAAUUUCCAGAUUUCCUAGUUUUUCUUUCCGUUUGAAUGUUUCAAACAAAAAUUAUUUAAGGUCUUAGAAUUUAAUAAAUACAUCCUCCAAAGAA